AAGCGCCUCCACCUUUUCCUGAAAUGCCCCGGAAGUACCUGUGCCCUCAGUAAAGAUGGCGGUAGCGUUUGCCAGGGGGGAGGCGGUGCUGCGCCUGCGCAACAAGUUCUGCAGGGAAGAUGGCGGAUGACAAGGAUUCUCUUCCCAAGCUUAAGGACCUGGCUUUUCUCAAGAACCAGCUGGAACGCCUGCAGCAGCGUGUGGAAGAUGAAGUCAACAGUGGUGUAGGCCAGGAUGCCUCAUUCUUGUCCUCCCCAUUCCUCAAGGGCUUCCUGGCUGGCUAUGUGGUGGCCAAACUGAGGGCAUCAGCAGUAUUGGGCUUUGCCGUGGGCACCUGCACUGGCAUAUAUGUAGCUCAGGCGUAUGCUGUGCCCAAUGUGGAGAAGACAUUGAGGGACUAUCUUCAAUCCCUGCGCAAAGGGCCCGACUAGCUCUGGAUUCCAUGAGGGAGGCAGGAUGAGCAGCUGGGGAGCAGGUGGAGGCCUUCAGCCACAGAUGCCAAAUCUGGCCUCCCUGGCGUUCACCCAUUUGCUGUCUCCAGCUUUCCCACCACCUUCAGCCUUGCUUCCUUUCCUGCAGAGACUGGACAGUGGCUCAUCAGCCAAUACCCUGAACCCCUUGCCUCCAUAACCCUAUGGGACUGGCCCCAAGACCAUGGCUUCGAGAGCCACCCACCCUUCCUCUUCUAGCCCUUACUGUGGAGUCUGCAGCUAACUCUGACUCUCAGUAUUCUCUCUCAAGGCUCCUCCCUCCUGGGAGCCAGCUCCAUAACUUGAUUUUCCCUGAACGUGUCACAACCCCCACCCCACCUUACCACCCCUUGCUAGCUACACAAGCCACCCAGGGUCUAGUUUGGGCAUGAAUGUAGAGGACGGGGGUGUGCCAGGCCUGGGCCGUCCCAGGAAGGCCCGCUGGACCCUCAUGCUGCUCCUGUCCACUGCUAUGUACGGUGCCCAUGCCCCAUUGCUGGCACUGUGCCACGUGGAUGGCCGUGUGCCCUUCCGACCCUCGUCAGCUGUACUGCUGACUGAACUGACCAAGCUGCUGCUCUGCGCCCUCUCCCUCUUGGUGGGCUGGCAAGCAUGGCCCCAGGGGACCCCACCCUGGCGCCAGGCAGCCCCGUUCGCACUGUCAGCCCUGCUGUACGGCGCCAACAACAACCUGGUGAUCUACCUGCAACGUUACAUGGACCCCAGCACCUACCAGGUGCUGAGCAAUCUCAAGAUUGGAAGCACAGCCCUGUUCUACUGCCUCUGCCUCCGACACCGCCUCUCUGCACGCCAGGGCUUAGCACUGCUGCUGCUGAUGGCCGCUGGAGCCUGCUAUGCAGCCGGGGGCCUCCAGGACCCAGGGACCACCCUUCCCGGGACCCCCUCAGCAGCUGCCACGAGCCCCAUGCCCCUGCACAUCACUCCACUGGGACUGCUGCUUCUCAUCCUGUAUUGCCUCAUCUCCGGCUUGUCCUCUGUGUACACAGAGCUGCUCAUGAAGCGGCAGCGGCUGCCGCUGGCCCUCCAAAACCUCUUCCUUUACUCUUUUGGUGUGCUCCUGAACCUAGGUCUGCAUGCAGGUGGUGGCCCCGGCCCGGGCCUCCUGGAGGGCUUCUCGGGCUGGGCGGCACUCGUGGUGCUGAGCCAGGCACUGAAUGGACUACUCAUGUCGGCCGUCAUGAAACAUGGCAGCAGCAUCACACGCCUCUUUGUCGUGUCCUGCUCUCUAGUGGUCAACGCCGUGCUGUCAGCCGCCCUGCUGCGGCUUCAGCUCACCGCUGCCUUCUUCCUGGCCACACUGCUCAUCGGCCUAGCAGUACGCCUAUACUACGGCAGUCGCUAGCCCCUCACCACCUCCACCCUGACUCCUGACCUGUAGGUUGGGCACCACCAUCAGAGCCAUCUCCCAGUGCUGACCCCUCCCCUCAGCAGCCCUGUAACAAGUGCCUUGUAAGAAAAGCAGGGGAAGUGGGAGCAGCCACGUUAGUCUCUGGAGGUAGGUUAUCCCUGGGAGACUUGAAGGCUGGGUUUGAUUGAGGAAACUUCCACCCCCACAAGUUCUUCCAGACUAAGGAAUUAGGGGAGCAUCCGUUCAGAGGCCUGAGAAGUUGUCCUAUGCUGAGGGAGGAGGCAUGCUGCUUCAUCCUGCGUGAAUGCAGUUGGCUUUCCUUGCCUGCUGUGGUCCCCCCAGCAGACCUAUAGCCCCCCAGGCCUGGUGCUGGAUGCUCCAGCCCAACCAUGGUACACGGCUCCCCCAUAACAACUCAUCUCCCAGUGUCAUGUAGGAAAGCCCAAUUACCGAAGGUUUUGUGUAUGUCCAUCACCCAGGCCUCUGCCAUGCUUCCAUGGCUCCGGCAGCACCUGGAGGUAACCCCCUGCUCUGUCCACACCUAGCCUUUGUUCUGGAAUCCUCAGAGAGGACUGGGGCUUGACUCAUCUCAGGGAAUGUUGCCCCUGGGCCCUGGCUUGAGUCUACACUCCUGAUCUCUCUGCUCACCCUAAGGGCUCUCUCAAGGCCCAGUGUCCCCUCUAGAGCUCCUCGGAGGUGUUAUCCUUCCCUCUCUGGGUCCUGCCCUUUCCUCGCAACGACCCAGCUCCCAUCUGCCUGGGGAAACUCUACAUGGAGUGGCCUGGGACCAGGCACAGGGAAACUUGCUUAAGUCAAUCAGUGUCUAGCUGCAUAAGCAAUAACGUCUUAAUAAAGUGCUCUGGGGUGUAGGUGAUUCCUACAGUUGGUCA